UUUUAAUUUAAUUUUUAGGAUCAAACACUUUGGUUAUAUAUAUAUAGAAAUAAAAAAACAAAUAAAAUGGAGUUAGACGAUUCUCUGUUUACAAUCUUUGAAGGAAAAGUACCAGAUGAAGAAGAUGAAGAGAUUGUUGUUUCAAAAAAAAGAAAAUAUACUGAAAUUGAAAGCAAAUCAGAAAAUUUAGAAUCAAUGUCAAAAUUGUCUGAUGAUCUACCGACAUCAGAUCAAAAUAUAGUUAAAGAUAAUGAGAUUACAUCAACUAAAAAAAUCAAGUUAGAUACAACAAGUUCUUUAGAUGUUCCCUGCAUUGAAAUUCGUCAUUUAGAUGCUGCACCAUCCUGUACUCAUGAAGUUGCAUUACCAGGAGGUUUUAUAUAUGAAGGUCUUCCAUUCAAGCCUGAUGAACCAGCUAAGAAGUACCCAUUUGUUCUGGAUCCAUUUCAACAAGAAGCAAUUAGAUGCUUGGAUAACAACCAAUCUGUUUUAGUUUCGGCACACACUUCGGCUGGGAAAACUGUGAUUGCUGAAUAUGCUAUUGCCAUGUCUCUCCAAAAAAGACAGAGAGUUAUUUAUACUACCCCAAUUAAGGCGCUCAGUAAUCAGAAGUAUCGUGAAAUGUAUGAAGAGUUUCAAGAUGUUGGUUUAAUGACUGGAGAUGUCACAAUUAAUCCAAAUGCAAGUGUGAUAAUAAUGACCACUGAAAUUUUAAGAAGUAUGCUGUAUAGAGGUUCUGAAAUAAUGCGUGAAGUUGCUUGGGUUGUAUUUGAUGAAAUCCAUUAUAUGAGAGAUAAAGAACGUGGAGUUGUUUGGGAGGAAACAAUUAUAUUGUUACCAGACAACGUACGUCAUGUAUUCUUGUCUGCUACAAUUCAUAAUGCAAGGCAGUUUGCAGAGUGGAUUGCUUAUUUACACAAGCAGCCAUGCCAUGUUGUUUACACAGAUUUUCGUCCUACACCAUUGCAACAUUAUAUAUAUCCAUCAGGGGGUGAUGGUUUACAUCUUGUUGUUGAUGAAAAGGGUGAUUUUCGAGAAGAGAACUUCAAUAAAGCCAUGAGUUCUUUGCAAGAUCAAUCAACAGUUGAAGGAAAUGCUCAAGGAAAAACAAAAAAAGGAAAAGGAAAUCAAACUGGUUCAAAUGUCUAUAAAAUUGUUAAAAUGAUAAUGGAACGUAAUUACGCUCCAGUGAUCAUCUUUAGUUUUAGUAAAAAAGAGUGUGAAGGUUAUGCUUUACAGAUGUCUAAGCUUGAUUUUAACACUGCUGAAGAGAAAAAAUUGGUUGGAGAAGUGUUUAAAAAUGCAAUUGAUUGUCUUUCUGAUGAUGAUAAAAAGUUACCUCAAGUUGAACAUGUCCUUCCACUUCUGAAAAGAGGUAUUGGUAUCCAUCAUGGUGGUUUGUUACCAAUUCUAAAGGAAGUCAUUGAAAUUUUAUUCUCUGAAGGACUUAUUAAAGCACUUUUUGCAACAGAAACUUUUGCGCUAGGUCUAAAUAUGCCUGCACGAACAGUAUUGUUUACAAGUGCACGAAAAUUUGAUGGCAAAGAUUAUAGAUGGAUUACGAGUGGUGAAUAUAUACAAAUGAGUGGACGAGCUGGUAGACGUGGAAUUGAUGAGCGUGGCAUUGUCAUUAUGAUUGUAGAUGAAAAACUUGAACCUGAAAUUGGAAAAGGAUUAUUAAAGGGACAAUCUGAUCCUUUAAACAGUGCUUUUCGUUUGACUUACAACAUGGUUUUAAAUCUUUUACGUCUAGAAGAAAUUAAUCCUGAAUUUAUGUUGGAAAAAUCAUUUUAUCAAUUUCAAAAUUAUUCGGCAAUACCAGAAAUGAUUGAUAAGAUCAAGAGGUUAGAGUCAAAACGUGAUGCAAUAGAAAUUCCAAAUGAAGAUUCUGUUAUGAGCUACUAUAAAAUUCGUCAGCAACUUAAGAAACUAAGUUCAGAAAUGCUUGAGUAUAUUCACCAACCUAAGUAUUUGUUACCAUUCUUACAGCCUGGAAGACUUGUUCAUGUAAAAAAUGAUGAAGAUGAUUUUGAUUGGGGCACAAUUGUUAAUUUUCAAAAAAAAUCCAACCAAAAGCAGGGUUCAGUUCUGGAUGAACCAAUCUAUGUGGUAGAAGUGUUACUUUAUUGUGCAAAAACUACAAAAAAACUUGCUGGAGGCGAGGUUCCUCUACCUUGUAAGCCAGAUGAAAAGGGAGAAAUGCAGGUUGUUCCAGUAUUGAGUACUUUACUUCAAGCUGUGAGCAGUAUUCGUUUGUAUUUGCCUAAAGAUUUACGGCCUAGUGAUGCAAGACAUACUGUUUAUAAAUCCUUACAGGAAGUUAAAAAGCGAUUUCCUGAUGGUGUCCCACUAUUAGAUCCUAUUGAAGAUAUGAAUAUCAAAGAUGAGGAGCUUAAAAAAAUAGUCAGGAAAAUUGAAGCUCUUGAAAGUCGUUUGUAUUCCCAUGCUCUGCACAAAGACAAAGACUUGGAGACAGUUUACAACUUAUGUCAAAAAAAAGCUGCUGUAGAUCAAGAUAUAAAAAUUGCAAAAAAAGAGUUAAAAAAGGCAAAAACUAUUUUGCAGAUGGAUGAAUUGAAAUGUCGCAAGAGAGUACUUAGAAGAUUGGGUUAUGCAACAGCAGGUGAUGUUAUUGAACUUAAGGGCAGAGUUGCUUGUGAAAUUAGCAGUGCCGACGAAUUACUUUUAACAGAAAUGAUUUUUAAUGGUGUAUUUAAUGACCUUACAGUAGAUCAAAUCACUGCUUUAUUGAGUUGCUUUGUUUUCCAAGAAAAAGGAGAUGAAGUAGCUAAAUUAUCAGAAACUCUUGCUGGACCAUUAAGGCAGAUGAAGGAGUCUGCUAGGCGAAUAGCAAAAAUUUCUGAAGAAGCGAAAAUGGAAAUUGAUGUAGAUGAAUAUAUUGACUCUUUUAAACCCCAGAUGAUGGAUGUUGUUUAUGCAUGGUCUACAGGCUCUACCUUUGCGGAUAUAUGUAAAAUGACUGAUGUUUUUGAAGGGAGUGUUAUUCGUUGUAUGAGACGACUUGAUGAAUUACUUCGUCAAAUGUGUCAAGCAGCAAAAGCUAUUGGCAACACUGAACUAGAAAAUAAAUUUUCUGACGGAAUAACCAAGAUUAAAAGAGACAUUAUAUUUGCUGCUAGUUUGUACUUGUAAAUCUGAUGGUUUUAUAUUUAUAUA